AGCUGACUCCGAGGGCAAGCGCGUACGCUAUGAGAAGGUAGCUUGUCCUAACAGCGUAUGGAUGUCCCUCCAAGAGAUCGCCUCCUCCAAGCUCUGGGACUGAAUGAUGCUUUGCGAACAAAGCGCGAUGUUGCAUUCGAGGAGUUCGCACGGUUUGGAGGAGGGUCAGCCCAGCUCGACGAAGAGACCUUUGCAGUAGCGGUAGAGCAAGAGUGGGGGGUCAGCAGGAAGGCGGCUCGAGCUUGCUUCGAUCUCAAGAACAGCCUGCUGGGAGGCGCAAGAAAUCUAGAGAAAGAAGACUAUGCGAUCAUCCGAUUGGCCGUCCUCGACCAGGACGGGAUGAGCGUGCCAAGAACGGAGGAGCUGAGGACAGACUUCUUGUUUAACUUCUAUAGAGCAAACAAGAGCGACGUGGUGUCUGAGGCGGGCAUCGAGAGGUUCAUCCAGGACCUCUGCAGAGGGAGGAAGCACGUGCUAGAGAUCAAGAAGAUCCUGGGACUCGACCGCACGUGCGUCCUCUCUCGGGAUCAGUUUCGUCAGGGUCUCGCUGAUAGCUCGCUACUCAACAAGGCUCUGCUCUCUCCCCAUGACCUCAUUCAUGUCAAGUACCCGCGAUCAGAUGUAGCCGGCAUCGACUACCGUGUGGUCCUACAGGACACUGAGGUCUCUGCACGGGCUGACGGAGAGUUCGAUCGCAUUUCGAAUCGGAUAUCUGCCGCUGCUGUCAAUCACGACUUCGUCCUUGAUGCCGCCAUGCUCCCGGACCCGAGGUGCUUCAGUAGCCAGCAUGGUGCUCGAGUGACGAUGGACGAGCAGCAAGGGAGCGCAAGAGCAGUUGCUCUGUUGGCGGGGUCCUCUGGCGGUGAGGAGGGUUGGCUGCAGAGUUUUGGUGAGAGUGAGCAGGCGCGGGAGGGGACGGAAGAAUAUCAGCUGGCAGCGCUAGUGGUUAGGCAGGCAAUGGACCUCGUGAAACUUGUGGGAGAGGAAAGCGACAUGUUGGAUCAAAUCUUCGGCGAUCUUCACGGUCAGCUGCGUGACCUUCUCCUCCUCUUCUCGAGGUUCUGCUUUCCCACACAAUAUGGCGGAGACAUCGAGACCACAGGCUCCUCCCCCUCCUCCUCCCUCGCAACGGCUGACGCUCUUCAAGCAGCCUACGUCUUCAACGGAGAUUUCGUGGACAGAGGAGCUCACCAGCUUGAG